AUGCCUGUCGUUGAUGUUCACACACACAUGUACCCACCAGCGUACAUGGACCUCCUUCGCUCCCGCGAUACCGUUCCCUACGUAAAGUCGUUCCCGGACCACCCCUCCGCCGGCGACCGAUUGAUCAUCCUCCCCGCCGAGGACACAGCAUCCACAUCCCGCGGCCGGCCCAUUGGCAAGGAAUACUACGACGUCAAGGAGAAACUGGCCUUCAUGGACACCCACGAUAUCGACGUCUCAGUCAUCAGCCUCGCCAAUCCCUGGCUGGAUUGGCUUCCACCGGACUCCGCCGCCGAGACAGCUCGCAGAGUGAAUGAUGAUGUGGAGAGGAUGUGUGCCGAGCACGAGGGCAGGUUGUAUGCUUUUGGCACCUUGCCGCUGUCGGCGUCGGUAGAGCAUGUCGUGGAGGAAAUUGAGCGGUUGACGACUCUACCGCAUAUGCGUGGGAUCGUGAUGGGUACGUCUGGGCUGGGCUCAGGGUUGGACGAUCCAGCUUUGGAUCCCAUCUAUGCGGCUCUGGAAAAGGAAAAGCAACUCAUCUUCCUUCACCCUCACUACGGUCUGCCUAAUGCGGUGUACGGGGAGCGAGCCAGCGAUUAUGGGCACGUCCUGCCACUUGCUCUUGGAUUUCCACUGGAAACCACCAUCGCCGUCACCCGAAUGCUCCUCAGUGGAGUCUGGGAUCGCUUUCCAGAACUGAACGUGCUCGUUGCGCACAGCGGCGGGACAUUGCCUUUCCUUGCUGGACGGAUCGAAAGCUGUAUUGCCCAUGACGCACAUCUGAAGAAGGAGGGGAAGAUCACGAAUCGGAGGAGUGUGUGGGACAUCUUGAGGAAGAAUGUCUACUUGGAUGCGGUGAUCUAUGCAGACGUGGGUCUGAAAGCAGCAAUUGAUGCGUCGGGCGCGGAUCGACUGAUGUUUGGUACCGAUCAUCCCUUCUUCCCUCCACUGGAUGAGAAUGCCGUGGAAUGGGAAAGCGUCACUUUGAACUCGAAAGCAGUCAAAUCUGCUCUAGGCGGCAAUAAAGAGGCUGCCGACGCAAUCAUGGGGGGCAAUGCAGCGCGCAUCCUGCGACUUCCCAGCUGA